UUUGUCUACUGUGUCCGUGACGCUCUACUACGCUGCCUUCGCAGACAGCAGCUUACAGAUCAGUUCCCGGACAUCUUUGAUCCUCUCGCAACUUAUCUUCUAGGUAUCGUUCCUGUUCAGGGUCAAGUGCGUUUCCGUUUUCCAUAUCAGAGAAAGAACGGCUUGCUGUUAUGAGUGGCCAAGAGAAUGUAAAGCAGCUAGAAGAUUGUUCAGUUUCCAACGCACUAGGCACAUGGGUAUUCUCAGUUGCAGGAGCUUUGUUAGCAAUUCCAGUGGGAAUAAAACGGAAAUCUUUAGCUCCCCUUGUCUUUUUUGGCACAACUGGUACCAUGCUUGAUAUUAUUAUGGGCAUCAGUGCCUGCGAAAGAGAACAUGCAGAACGGCAGAUGAAGUUAUUAGAAGCUCAAAAUGCUGCAAAUGAGGCAUCCUUUGAGGAGACAGGAUCUGACUAGUGAUUCCAAAGUUCACUUGCUAUGUUAUGGGCUACUGUUUGCAAGUUAUUCAGUCCAGCCUUCUAUUUGACAGGUUAUAGAUGAUGAAACCUUUUCUAUUGCGCUUUAUUUCAAAACUCACUGGCGCAUCUCAUUUUUCUCCUCUACCUCCUUUCUUUCAGUUCAACAUUUUCCUACUGAGAUUGGUCUCUGUUUCACUAAAUAAAAAAUAGUAAACGAUUGAUUUUUCAAGUUCUUAGAAAGGAGUGUUGAAAAAGCUUGGAUAUGCUUUCUGAUAGUUGCGGAAUGCACUCAAAUUAUUCAUUGAAAAUGGUCAAGAGUUGUAAAAAGACCAUUUUGAGUCCAACGCAAUUGCCUCAAUACUUUACAUUUUUUAUGUUGUU